AUGGCGUCUACCCAUCAGUUGUUCUUGUUCCUAUUCAUCUCUGCAACAAUUCUCAUACUUUCUGGUUCAAGUAGAGCUUCAGACUGUAAGAUAAAUGCUGCAGACCCAUCCAAAGUUGCUUAUACAAUCACUGUGGAUACCUCAGGCAGUGGGAAUUUCGUCAAGAUUCAAGAUGCCAUUGAUUCCAUACCUUCUGGCAAUGAUCAAUGGAUUCGUAUCUUUGUCAACUCAGGGACCUAUGUAGAGAAAAUACUUGUCCCUGAGGAUAAGCCCUGCAUACUCCUUCAAGGAGCUAGCAGUCGAAGCACUAGGAUCUUUUGGCAAGCUCAUCACAUGACAAAUACUAGUGCUACUUUCACUUCAUGGGCUGAAAAUCUUGUUGCAAAAGAUAUUACCUUCCAGAAUGGAUAUAACCGUCCCGUAAUAUCGGCCAAUUCGGACGACCGCAAUCGAAGGCAGGCAGUUGCAGCUGAAAUAAUUGGGGAUAAAUCGGCUUUUUAUCGGUGUGGUUUCAUUGGACUGCAAGAUACAUUGUGGGAUGUCCAAGGCCGACACUACUUCAAAGAAUGCUAUAUUGAAGGCGCAGUUGAUUUCAUCUUCGGCAAUGGCCAGACAAUUUAUGAGAAAUGUUAUCUCAACGUCAGUGCCGGCAACCUGAGGUACAGCAAUGACUUACCAGGUUUUGUAACAGCACAAGGUAGAUUCUCAGCAGAUGAACCAACUGGUUUUGUGUUCAACAUGUGUGCUUUGAGUGGGACUGGUCUAGUCUAUCUUGGAAGAGCCUAUGGACCUUAUUCCAGAGUCAUAUUUCACAAUACGGCAAUGUCUGGAAUUGUGGUUCCAGAAGGAUGGGAUGCCUGGAACUACAAGGGCCAAGAAGACAGGUUUACAUACGCAGAGGCUAAUUGCAGAGGGCCAGGGUCAAUUACUUCUAACAGGGUGGCAUGGGAAAAGAAGCUCAGCAGAUCGGAGUUGCGAGCUUUGACAAGUCUAUCUUUCAUUGACCAAGAAGGAUGGCUUUCCAAACAACCCUGA